AGGAGCGGAAGAGUAUUCCACCUGACGUCAUGAAUGUGCAUCGUAAACAGAGGCCAUGACAUAGAAAAGCUGUCUCCGUUGCAGAAAAAUGUUUCAGGGCUAUCGUUUUAGCAAUAUAUAUCGUUGAUACUACGCGAUAGCAACAUAAGCUCAUAUUGACCUAUACUGCAAUAUGGCAACUGGUGGCGGAGCAGCAUCGAAUCUGGAAGGACAAGCCUCGAACUAUGCGCACUCUGGAGCGGGAAGAAACGCCGCAGCGCUUCCGAAUGGAGCCGCGGCCGCUGCGCCAAUUUCCCCAUCGGCAGUAGGCCUCCACCGGGAACCCAUGUACAACUGGCAAGCAACGAAAAACUCAGUCAAAGAGAGGUUCGCCUUUCUUUUUAAUAACGAGCUGCUGAGCGAUGUGAAGUUUGUGGUGGGCAAGGGCAGACAAGCACAGAGGAUCCCGGCGCAUAAAUUUGUGCUAGCAGCAGGUAGCGCUGUAUUUGACGCCAUGUUCAAUGGGGGCAUGGCGACUACUUCAGCCGAAAUAGAGCUUCCGGACGUGGAGCCAGCCGCAUUCCUGGCGUUGCUCAGGUUUCUGUAUUCUGACGAAGUCCAUAUUGGUCCAGAGACUGUCAUGACCACACUCUAUACGGCAAAAAAAUACGCGGUUCCAGCGUUGGAAGCACAGUGUGUAGAAUUUUUGACCAAACACCUCAGAGCUGACAACGCUUUCAUGCUACUAACACAGGCUAGGUUGUUUGAUGAACCUCAGCUCGCCAGCCUCUGUCUGGACACUAUCGAUAAAAGCACAGGAGACGCAAUAAAUGCAGAAGGCUUCACGGACAUUGAUAUAGACACCCUGUGCGCCGUGCUGGAGCGGGACACGCUGGGCAUUCGGGAGAGCCGUCUGUUUGGCGCAGUGGUGCGCUGGGCGGAUGCGGAGUGCUACAGGCAGCAGCUGCCUCUCACCUCUGAGAACAAACAGAAAGUUCUGGGCAAAGCACUCUCACUCAUCCGCUUCCCACUCAUGACCGUCGAAGAGUUUGCGGCAGGGCCUGCCCAGUCUGGGAUUUUGUUCGAUCGGGAGGUGGUAAAUAUGUUUUUACACUUUACAGUAAACCCCAAACCCCGCGUAGACUACAUUGACAGGCCCAGGUGUUGUCUCAGGGGGAAGGAGUGCAGCAUUAAUAGGUUCCAGCAGGUUGAAAGUCGCUGGGGAUACAGUGGCACCAGUGACAGAAUUAGGUUCAAUGUAAAUAGGCGAAUAUCAAUAGUGGGGCUUGGACUAUAUGGUUCUAUUCAUGGGCCCACAGAUUACCAGGUCAACAUACAGAUCAUUGAGAGUGACAAGGGCCUAACUCUUGGGCAGAAUGAUACGGGGUUCAGUUGUGACGGAACUGCAAACACUUUCAGAGUGAUGUUCAAGGAGCCUAUCGAAAUCAUAGCAAACGUCAGCUACACGGCUUGCGCAACACUCAAGGGUCCAGAUUCCCAUUAUGGAACAAAAGGACUAAAGAAAGUGAGCCACGAAUCAGCGACAGGGACCAAGACUACCUUCUUUUUCUUCAGUUCUCCAGGGAAUAACAACGGCACAUCGAUAGAGGAUGGACAGAUUCCAGAAAUCAUCUUCUACUCGUAAAAACGCCAUCGACUGGCGCCCCGCUGUAUGUACACUGUAGAGGAAAAGCCUGCUUCAUGUACAGGCACUGCUGAGAAGAUCUCAACUCUUGUGUGUGGAGCUGGGCUUUCACAGCACACUGCCAUUCAUGUGUGUUCCACACAGCUUGCUCUCAACUGGAACAGUCCAGGAACAGGUCAGGGAUAAUGGACCUGUGACUAUCACAGCAACAUUUAUCAUCUUUGUCAAACAGGGUCUGAAGGUCGUAGGGAUUGGGGCUCAUGGAGCUUUGUCUUGUGUGUAUAUAGCAUCAGAACCAGAAUGGUUUUUUCUUUUCUUUAAAUGUGGAGUGAUUUAUCCUCAAUGUUGGCCGUGACGUUGCAGGAAUCAUAUCAUCAUCAUGCUGAACUUUGGCAUUCUUUUUUUUUUGUACGUCACAUUUGGCUGGAAUAAAACACUAAAGUGUUUGGAGGCUUCUGAAGGCUUUGAAAGCACUUCUACCGAAAUGUUAAAUGUUUGCAGGCUUAAAAAGAUGUGUAAAUAAGGCCAGUCAUUGUAGCAUAAGGAAGCCUGAGUGUCACUCACUGACAAAAGGAUAUACAAUAUAUGAUACACGUGCAAUCACACCCACACACACACACACACACGCAAUCACACACACACACACACACACACACUCUCUCUCUCUCAAGCCUUGACAAUAAAAUGUUGAAAAACAAUUAUUUGCAGUUACUGACUUUAAAUGCAUUGA